CCCCCCACUUGCUUGCUAAAAGUACGACAAGUUUAGGAUCAACCAAUUCUCCACAACCAAUGUCAUCUCCGAUGUCUGAUACAUAUGCACCACAGGACGUGAAGUUGUGGAAGACCCACGUGAGGAAGAAGUCAACUGACGAUAUCCUGGAGGAGGAGGUCCCUCCUGCCAAACCUUCAUCUCCCACCAAGGACUCUGUAACUGUUAGUCCUGUGAGAGAAAUAAAUCCUGUGAGUUAGCGAUCUACCUAUGUAUGUAUGUGUACCUAUUCUUGAGUUCGAUGACAUUGUUGGCAAGCUAAUUAUGCCAACGUACUAAUUGUGCUGUUUUGUUGUGUUUAUGCAUCGUGUUAGUGUUAAAGCCAAUGUGGCAAUACAUUAUUAUAAGGAGAAUGUUGCUAAAAACACUGCACCAUAUUGAAAAUGUAGCCAUUAUGAACUGUCACAUUCCCUAACUAAUGGACUAAAUGGACUGGAUUUUGACUCCACCAAACUAUUAUGAAACGUGAAAUCCGACUACAGCUAUACAAUGCCCGCACCUCCAGGCCAGCAGUCCCCAGUUGUCUCAGAAAGACAUUGGAGCCGUCACGUCGUCGACUGGAGAGGUGGGAGGAGGAGGAGGUGGAGAAGAAGGGCCAGAGAAAGAGAACGAAGCCCAAGAAGCCUGCAGUCGUGAGCGUGGGUGGAACGGACGUCCCCCUGAGGGAAAAGAUCCUCAAGAAAUCAGUUUCCAACCAGUCGACCGACGGCAAGACUCAGGGACUCUCCAUGUUUGAUACAGAGCUAAGUAUUGACAACAGAGCUAAGCAGCGGUCUUCGUGGAUGAACCAACAGAAGGAAGAGUGCGACGUGUGCAAGAAGACGGUGUAUGCCAUGGAGAGAUUGGAGGCCGAUAAGCUCGUCUACCACAAGACUUGCUUCAAGUGCAGCGUCUGCAACAAGACACUUGGUGUUGGCACAUACGCUGCGCUGCACGGCGUCAUCUACUGCAAAGUCCACUUCAAACAACUCUUCAAGAUAAAGGGAAACUACGACGAAGGCUUCGGUCGCGAGCAGCACAAGACUAAGUGGGUUAAGAAGGAGGACUAGUAAACUAGCAUCACUAGCACUAUUCUCUGACUGUCGUUUUUUCCACUGAUGUGUGUGUUAUAAUGUAUUCCUCACUCGCUGUACAAUGCAUAUUUAUUUUGACUGCACCACUACGUAGUAGUAGGAACUUGUCUCUAUUACCCUCGGCGCGCAUGCGCAGCAAGGGUACGGUAGCUGUCUAGUUGGGGUCGUGUAUAAUUAUAGUGUGUGUGUGUGU